AUGAAGACAGAGAUGGAGAAAUUACAAAGCAUCGGUUUCAUCAAGGAGGUGGACUAUCCCACAUGGCUGGCAAAUGUGGUAAUGGUUUGCAAACUGAAGAAAGGUUGGCGCAUGUGUGUAGACUACACCAACCUCAAUCGCGCCUGUCCCAAGGAUAGCUUCCCUCUUCCUGGAAUCGACCAGCUUGUUGACGCCACUACUGGCCAUGCCCUUCUCAGUUUCAUGGAUGCCUACUCUGGGAAUAACCAGAUCUUCAUGCACUCUGACGACUAG